AAGUGCCAUCUCUACGCCCUCGACCAGCUGUUCAGCUUUUUGUUGACGUUGUAGUUGAAACCGCAGCGUCUUUAACCACCGUUUAGGUUUAGCAUUAGUUACUAAGGAGAUCGAUCGCUAUGUCGGCGGUGGCCUACGACUCCCUGCUGUCCACGACGGCGGUGAUCAGCACCGUCUUCCAGUUCCUCUCCGGCGCCAUGAUAUGUCGAAAGUACAUCCAGAAGAAAAGCACGGGCGACUCUUCCGGAGUUCCCUUCAUAUGCGGAUUCUUAUCGUGCAGCUUUUGGCUGCGCUACGGUGUCUUAACCAACGAGCAGAGCAUUGUGCUGGUCAACAUCAUAGGAUCGACGCUCUUUCUGGUCUACACGCUGAUCUACUAUGUGUUUACCGUCAACAAACGUGCCUGUGUAAAGCAGUUUGGAUUCGUUCUGACCGUUCUGGUGGUGGUCAUUCUCUACACCAAUCGACUGGAAGAUCAGCGCGAUCGAAUGAUACACGUCACAGGAAUUGUGUGCUGCAUCGUGACCGUGUGUUUCUUCGCCGCCCCGCUGGCUAGUUUGCUGCAUGUGAUACGGGCGAAGAACUCCGAGAGCCUUCCCCUGCCCCUGAUAGCCACGUCCUUCGUGGUCAGCCUGCAGUGGCUAAUCUACGGCAUACUGAUAUCGGACUCAUUUAUCCAGAUUCCCAACUUUCUGGGCUGCAUACUGUCGCUGCUGCAGUUGGGUCUGUUCGUCCUCUACCCGCCGCGAAGCUACUCCGGCCACGGCUACAAGCUGGUCGAACAGGCUGUGCCGUUUUAGGCAGCUAAUCGGACACAGCCACGCAUUUCGCUUUGGCCUCCGAGCGUGCCGCAUACAGGGUUUAUACGUGUUGCUUGCUUAGGCGCCAGGCUUAUUUACUAUAGACAUACGUAAAAGUAAGCCUAUAUUUAUUGUAAAGUAUUUAUUAAAUCCCGAGGAUUUGCCUCGAAUAUGCUGCUA